AAAAUUUCAAAUUAAAAUUAAAACGAGUUUUUUUAUCAAAUAUCAAAUAUAUUAUAAAAAACAUGUCUACAUUUACGGUUCAGGAAACACAAACCUCUUCUACUACAACAUCAUCAUCAUCAUCGAAACUUCGUCAGAUAGCUCCUGCUCCAACAGAAAAACCUGAAUAUGAUAUUUAUCAUAUCCCAAAAGGAUAUGAAGUUUAUUUAGUAUCAAAGAAUGGUAAUCCAGAAAAUUCUCCAAGUUCUUCUGAUUCUGGUCCAAUUCCACUUUCUCCAACUUGUUCUAAAGAAUAACGGUCAUAUUCCACGCCCAAAAAAUUGUUUUAUGGCAUAUCGUGAACAUAUGCAACAUAAAGUUUUGGCUGAAAAUCCUGGUAUGAAUAAUAAAUUAGUAUCCGUAAUCGCUGCUCAAAUGUGGAAUAAAGAAUCUGAUGAUGUUAAACAAUUUUGGAAAGAUCGUGCUCAACAAUUAAAAUUAGAACAUAAGAUUAAAUAUCCUGAUUAUAAAUUUGCUCCUAAAAAGAAAUCACAAAAGAAUUCUAUGAAUCCUACUGGUAUUAAAACUCCAAAGGUUAUCUCAAAGAAAUCUCCUCAUUCUAAUAAACUUAUUAAUGAAGAAUUUAAUAGAGGUUUAUUAUUAAGAAGAGAUGAUUAUAAUCAAUCUGUCAAUUUUCAUCCUCCUACUCAUAAUGAAAAUUCCGCUUCCGCUAUUUGGGGUCAUUGCAGAUCAAAUUCUGUUGAAUCUGUUUGUAGUUGGACUAGUGGUGAUUCUCUUCCAAGCACUCCUCCAACUUUUUGUGAUCGUUCAUCAUCUCCUCUUCGUUAUGAGUCAAAUGAUUGGAAUAAAAUGUAUAAUGAUUUCUCUUCUUUAAAUUCAAGUCCUCAUUUAACCGCUUCAAAUACUGCUGCUGGAAUUUAUGAUACUUUAUUACCUCCUCCAAUUAUUUCUUCCACCGAUUAUGAAAAUUCAAUGCAUAUCGAUUCUGGUGAUAGUCCUUAUUAUAAUAUCACCGAAGAAGAAGAUAAUUUAGAUAAUUUGGAAUAUAGAGAAUUUCUUCAACCUGAUAACACUCAACUUUUAGAUACUUUUGUAUUGACCUCCCAGCAACAUCAUACCGCUAUCUACUAAAAAAUUGAUGUUCAUAGAAUAGAAUCGCUGGACGUUUCUUUAAAUGAUUUUAAUCGUAAUGAAAUCAACUCGUUGACAUUUUGUUGAAACCAUUUUUCGCUCAUGAAAAAAAAAAAAAAAUUGCGCAAUAUUUUUGGACUUUUUUUUAUAUAGAAAUAAUUUAGAAGGAACAUUUUAAAAAAAAAACAAGCAUUUUCGUAAAUAACAUUUGUUUAUAUAUUUUGCAUCAAACAUUCAAAAAAAA